UCGGUCACUUCCGCAGGUUUAUAGUUUCGAUUUAAAAUCAAAUCCGCUUUCAUAUCAGUGUUUACCACUGUUGAAGUUGACCUGGACCGACAGACUUUGACAUAACCGCGAUUUAAACAUGUGUGUAUAGAUUUUCUCGAGCUCACGGAAAUCGAUUGAGGCAGAGUCAUGGCUCUAACGAGAAGAGGUUUCAGAAUUUUGAUUAGGAUUGCUUCACUAAUUUUGAUGCUGGCAGGAAUUACGGGACUGGGUGGUUCAUACUUCCUGCACAAAUACAAAACGUACGGUGUGUUCUUUAGCAGCUUGUAUAUAAUUCUCCCUGCAAAGUUGGCUGUGGCUGGAGGAGUCAUUCUCUUAAUCAGUGGAUGCACUGGCUGUUUGGUGUCUAACAAAAAACCUUCAUGUGGACACGGAUUGUUGGUGUAUCUUCUUAUUAUUGUGUGGUGCAUUGUUUGUACUACUGCUGCGUUGGCAUAUACUCAUAAAGGGAAGAUUGAUGCAGACUUGGCUCCCCUUAAAGAUGUGUUUCAGAACUACAGUAGUAACAGCCGAGAUCCUGAUACCAAAGCUGUGGAUGCCCUUCAGCGUGAGUUGCGGUGUUGUGGUCUUAAGAACUACACAGACUGGUUGGAAACACCCUGGUUUAAUCAAAGUGGGAAAUAUGAAGUUCCUCUGAGCUGCUGCAACAAAACAUUUCACUCAUGCAAUGGGACUUUAGACUCACCCCAGUUGCUCUAUAAUGAGGGCUGUCAAAUUAAACUUGAGAAGACAUUGCUACUUUCAGUGGAUGUCAUCAUUAUCACAUCUUUAGUGGUUCUCUUUUUACUGAUAAUGUCUUGGAUUAUCGUGGCACAGCUAAUGAGGCAUCAACCCCCACAAGAGUAUCGAAUCCUGGACCAAGAAUAAAAAAAAACCCUCAUGGAAUAAAAAUCUUGUGACUUUUCUAAUGAAUGCUUGCACAUUUAUUUUUUAAAUAAACAAAGAUUUCAUUGUGAAUUACUCUGACAUAUCCAGUUAACGUCUUAAAUGUAUACAAACUAUUGUGUCUCUUCACAAUAACGUUAUUUGUUGUUCUGUGAAUAUUUUAUAUGCACGCACAGUACGGGCGUUUUACUUUGCAUAAUAAAACUGAUACAA